AGUCUUUGUCUCCAUCUAGUGGCAGACUGGAGUACUGCAGGAAGCAAGAGCAACAGGUUUGUAAACACUGGUUGCAAUCCCUGCGUGUCUGCCUGUAGUCCUGCUCAUCUUUACAAACGUGCCUUUAAUUGCAUGACAGGGUAAUUGUUACUAAUGACUCCUAAACUAUCAAUAACAAGCUAAUUCUGUGUUUUUAUUAAAGUCGAACUGAUUUGCUAAUUUCAAACACAAUAAACUGCGCAAAUAAAAAAUGCAAAACAUUACAUCACAGGUUCAAUUCGCCAAAUAUAGACACUUCGGAUAAGCCUAUAUUUCAAAUCAGUUGAAAUGCUUUAAAUGGUUACUAAAUGUGUUGGACACAUAUUUGUGGAUAUGUCUUAUUACUUUACUCAAGUGACUGGAUUAUGCUUUAAAUGUAUGACCAUCGUGCACUUCGUUCCCGUUUACUGUUGCAUGUUAUAAUAGAUUGAUCUUAUGUUAAAGAGACUUUUUGUAUUGAUUACAUAUGUAACUAGAAUGGGCACUCGGUAGAGCGCAUACCUUCGCAUAUCACAAGAUUGGGCAUUGAAUUAUGAACAUUUUGGCGUUAGUUGCAUGCCAAUUGGAUGCAAAUUGACCGUGCUAUGGUAAAAAGAAGAUGUUGACCUUUUCAUGACCUUGACCGUUGACCCGAUUGAUCCCAAAAUCGAAUCAAAUGGUCCUCGGAUAACCAAUCAUCCCACCGAAUUUCAUGCGAUUCGGUUUAAUACUUUUUGUGUUAUGCGAAUAACACGCAUACAAAUAAAUAAAUAAAUACACGGCGAUCAAAACAUAACCUUCCGCAUUUUCAAUGCGAAGGUAAUAAACCAUCAGCGUCACCAUAGACAACAGGCAGGGUGUAAUGCGCUGGUUUGCCUGCUAUCAGUCCUCCACGCCGAUAAGCGGCGCUGUUAUUUCUAAAUUCCACGCUCUCCACGGCGGUCUUGUUUGUUUAUAAAUGUCACGUGACCGGAUUUGCAACUACAUAACAUAGGUUCUAACGGCGGGUGCGAGCGGCCAACAUACACUCGCUUUUAGCUAACUGUUAUAAGCGUGAGUAAGAGAAAACGUGUUUUUUAUAAACAUGGCGGGGCCGCUGCUCGACUUCGAGACCGAGAUGUUCCUGAGCCUGUUUGAAGGCGACGGGCUGCUGGUGGCGGCGGAGGGGAUGGGGAUAGACCGCAUCCUGCUGCAGUUCAUGCGGGUUUACUCGGAGCAAGGCAGCCUGGUCCUCCUGCUCAACACGACCACACCUGAACAGGAGUAUUUCACGGAGCAGCUGCGAGCGGAGGGCGUGACCCACCUGCCCCGGACGGUGAACAGCGACGUCAACAGCACCGAGCGCUAUGACGUCUACACGGAGGGAGGGGUGCUGUUCGUCACCAGCAGGAUCCUGGUUGUCGACUUCCUCACCGACCGCGUCCCUGCUCAUCUCAUAUCGGGCAUCCUGGUGUAUCGUGCUCAUAAAAUCAUUGAGUCGUGUCAGGAGGCCUUCAUCCUCCGUCUCUUCAGACAGAAGAAUAAGACGGGCUUCAUAAAGGCCUUCACCGACAAGGCCACGUCCUUCUCCUCCGGCUUCUGCCAGGUGGAGCGCGUUAUGAGAAACCUCUUCGUCAAGAAGCUCUACCUUUGGCCCAGGUUUCAAGCGUCGGUAAAUGCAGCACUGGACAAGCACAAGCCGGAGGUGGUGGAGCUCCACGUGUCACUGACGCCUGCGAUGAGGGCCAUCCAGAGCGCCAUCCUGGAUAUCAUGAGCGCCUGUCUGAAGGAGCUGAAACGCUACAACCCCACUCUGGAGGCGGAGGACCUCUCGGUGGAGAACACGCUGGGCAACGCCUUCGAAAAGACCAUCCACCACUACCUGGACCCCUUGUGGCACCAGCUGGGAGCGAAGACCAAGGCCCUGGUCCAGGACCUGAAGGUGCUGAGGGUUCUCCUGCUCUACCUCACGCAGUACGACUGCGUCACCUUCCUAAAUCUGCUCGAGUCGCUGCGCACCAGCCAAAAGAACUUCGGAUCAAAUUCCGGGUGGUUGUUCCUCGACUCCAGUACCUCCAUGUUUAUGAACGCCCGGGGUCGAGUGUACCGCAUCCCGGAGAGCAAGAAGAAACUCAAAGUGGGGGCGGAAGCAGAGAAGCCGAAGUCGUCCUCUGCCUUAGAGGUGAAGCGGGAACUGGUGCUGGAAAAGAGCCCCAAGUGGGAGGCUCUGACUGAGGUGCUGCAGGAGAUCGAGAGGGAGAACGAGAGCUCUCAGCAUGAACCAGGUCGAGUGCUGAUCUGUGCCAGCGACGACAGGACGUGUGCCCAGCUUCAGCAGUACAUCAGGCACGGCUCCGUCUGGAUGCUCAACCGACUUUACAUCCGCACGGUCGGCAAACGGGACUCCGCCGCGGCCGCCGCCAUGGGCCUCGAGUUGCACAAAAAGGGCCACGGCUGGCCGAAAAACGGAGCCAAGGGAAAGGAGCCCGCUCGCAAGAAAAAAGCCACAAAGGGCAAAAAAAGGCCGUCCUUGACCCUGACCCAGAUGAUGGGGAAUGAAGAAGAGGACGAGGCGGUGGCGAUGGGCAGCAGUGGAGAUGAUGGCGACCCAGAGGAGGAGGAAGGAGAGGAAGGAGAACAGCUGAAGCUGGAUUUGUCGUCAGACGACUACUACGGCGUCCUGAAGGAGCCGCUCACCGUCAUUCACCCGCUCAGGGGUCUCACCGACCCCCACAGCUUGACGCGGGUGCUGCACGAGGUGGAGCCGGCUUUCGUGGUGCUGUACGACGCCGAGAUCAGUUUUGUCCGCCAGCUGGAGAUCUACAAAGCCUGCCGGCCCGGAAAGACGCUGCGGGUGUAUUUCCUCGUCUACGGAGGCUCGACGGAAGAACAGAAGUACCUGACGGCGCUGGCUAAGGAAAAGAAAGCCUUCGAGCACCUGAUCAGGGAAAAGGCCACCAUGGUCAUCCCAGAGGAGCGGGAGGGGCGAGGAGACACCAACCUAGACCUUGCUAGAAAUUUGGAGCCUGCCAAUGCCACCACCAACACCCGCAAAGCAGGAGGCCAGGAGCAGCCCAAGGAGCCCUCGCGAGUCAUCGUGGACAUGCGGGAGUUCCGCAGUGAAUUGCCCUCCUUGCUGCACCGCCGCGGGCUGGACAUCGAGCCCGUCACCUUGGACGUGGGCGACUACAUCCUGACCCCGGACACCUGCGUGGAGCGCAAGAGCGUCAGCGAUUUGAUUGGCUCGUUGCAGAGCGGGCGCCUCUACACCCAGUGUCUCUCCAUGACCCGGUACUACAAGAAGCCCGUGCUGCUCAUCGAGUUCGACCCGGCGAAACCGUUCUCCCUGAUGGCCCGAUCCGAUUUCCGUCACGAGAUAUCGUCGACGGACGUCUCUUCGAAGCUCACCUUGCUCACGUUGCAUUUCCCCCGGCUGCGUAUCCUCUGGUGCCCCUCGCCGCACGCCACGGCCGAGCUCUUCCUGGAUCUGAAGCAAGGUCGCUCUGAACCCGAUGCCGCGGCAGCUCAGGCCGUUACAGCCGAGUCGGACGUGGUGGCGGAAUCGGCGGGACUCUACAACCCCGGGCCUUAUGACUUCCUGUUGAAAGUGCCUGGGAUCAAUAUAAAAAACUACAGGGCUGUCGUAAAAAACGCAGACAACCUGGCAGAUAUAUGCAAACUCAGCCAGGACAAGCUAGCAGAAAUCCUCGGGCAUGCUCACAACGCGAAGUUGCUGUACGAAUUUCUGCACAAUGCUGCUGAUGUCCCCGCUCCGGUGCAGAAAUCCAAACAGACAUGAAUUUAAUUUAUCAUAUUCCCUAUGAUUAUAAAUAUAUGUUUCCUGCUGUCAGGAAUAGUUUCGUAUUGUAAAGUUAGAUGACGAUGGCGUUUAAUGUAUAACGUUUAGACUGAAUUCACAUCUUAGCAAAAGAGAAAUGUCUUUUAUGUUAUUGUACAGAAUUAAUUGAAAUAAUGCAGUUUCUUUCUAUUGUAUUUUGUGAACUACACUGGGAUUAUAUUUAUACGUUGUUUUUUUUAAAUUAGCAUUAAUAAAUAUAUAAAUAAUA